GGCAGCUCCCCACUCCGCCGCUGCUGCUGCCGCCGCCGCCGCCGCCGCCGCCGUCGCCCGAGGAGGAUCCGGGUCGGGCCGGGCCGGGCCGGGAUGGUCGGGGUCGGGAGGCCGCCGCCGCCGCGGGAGAGAGCGGGCCGCCCAGCGCCGCACUGAGCCGCCCCGCCCCGCCCCGGCCCCGGGGGAUGCGCCGCCCCGUGCCGCUGCCUUCACCGCCGCAGCCGCAGCCGCAGCCGCAGCGGACACCGAGCAGGUAGAUGGCCCACCAAGGGCAGGCCCUGCGGACACCCCUCCCUCCGGCUGGCGGAUGCAGUGCCUAGCGGCUGCUCUUAAGGACGAAACCAACAUGAGUGGGGGAGGGGAGCAGGCCGACAUCCUGCCGGCCAACUACGUGGUCAAAGAUCGCUGGAAGGUGCUGAAGAAGAUCGGGGGCGGGGGCUUUGGUGAGAUCUACGAGGCCAUGGACCUGCUGACCAGGGAGAACGUGGCCCUCAAGGUGGAGUCAGCCCAGCAGCCUAAGCAGGUCCUCAAGAUGGAGGUGGCUGUGCUCAAAAAACUUCAAGGGAAGGACCACGUGUGCAGGUUCAUUGGCUGUGGCAGGAAUGAGAAGUUCAACUAUGUGGUGAUGCAGCUGCAGGGUCGGAACCUGGCUGACCUGCGCCGCAGCCAGCCGAGGGGCACUUUCACGCUAAGCACCACACUGAGGCUGGGCAAGCAGAUCCUGGAGUCCAUCGAAGCCAUCCACUCCGUGGGCUUCCUGCACCGUGACAUCAAGCCGUCCAACUUUGCCAUGGGCCGGCUGCCCUCCACCUACAGAAAGUGCUACAUGUUGGACUUUGGGCUGGCCCGGCAGUACACCAACACUACAGGAGACGUCCGGCCCCCUCGGAAUGUGGCCGGGUUCCGGGGGACUGUUCGCUAUGCCUCGGUCAAUGCCCACAAGAACCGGGAGAUGGGCCGCCACGAUGACCUGUGGUCUCUCUUCUACAUGUUGGUAGAGUUCGCAGUGGGCCAGCUGCCCUGGAGGAAGAUCAAGGACAAGGAGCAGGUGGGGAUGAUCAAGGAGAAGUAUGAGCACCGGAUGCUCCUGAAGCACAUGCCAUCUGAGUUCCAUCUCUUCCUGGACCACAUCGCCAGCCUUGACUACUUCACCAAGCCUGAUUACCAGUUGAUCAUGUCGGUGUUUGAGAACAGCAUGAAGGAGCGGGGCAUUGCUGAGAACGAGGCCUUUGACUGGGAGAAGGCGGGCACCGACGCCCUCCUGUCCACAAGCACCUCCACCCCACCCCAGCAGAACACCCGGCAGACGGCAGCCAUGUUCGGAGUGGUCAACGUGACGCCAGUGCCCGGGGACCUGCUUCGUGAGAACACCGAGGAUGUGCUACAGGGCGAGCACCUGAGUGACCAGGAGAAUGCACCCCCGAUCCUGCCUGGGAGGCCUCCGGAGGGGUUGGGCCCUGGCCCCCACCUCGUGCCCCACCCCGGGGGUCCCGAGGCUGAAGUGUGGGAGGAGACAGAUGUCAACCGCAACAAGCUGCGCAUCAACAUCGGCAAAACCCCCUGUGUGGAGGAAGAGCAGAGUCGGGGAGUGGGGGUCCCCAGCUCCCCAGUGCGUGCCCCCCCAGACUCCCCAACAACUCCAGUACGGUCUCUACGCUACCGAAGGGUCAACAGCCCGGAGUCGGAGAGGCUGUCGACAGCAGCUGACGGGCGGGUAGAGCUGCAUGAGAGGAGGUCACGGAUGGAUUUGCCUGGCUCACCCUCACGACAGGCCUGCUCCUCACAGCCAGCUCAGAUGUUGUCCGUGGACACAGGCCAUGCUGACCGGCAGGCUAGCGGCCGGAUGGACGUGUCAGCCUCUGUGGAGCAGGAGGCCUUGAGCAACGCCUUCCGCUCGGUGCCGCUGGCUGAGGAGGAAGACUUUGACAGUAAGGAGUGGGUCAUCAUUGACAAGGAGACGGAGCUGAAGGACUUCCCUCCUGGGGCCGAGCCGAGCACGUCGGGCACCACGGACGAGGAGCCUGAGGAGCUGCGGCCUUUGCCUGAGGAGGGGGAGGAAAGGAGGCGUCUGGGGACAGAGCCCGCUGUCAGGCCCCGAGGGCGUGGCAUGCAGACGCUGGCAGAGGAGGACCUGCGGCAGAUGCUGCCCCAGCCUGCACCACCUCAGCUGAGCCAGGCUGAUGGCCGAUCAGAGACAUCACAGCCACCCACGCCUGGCAGCCUUUCCCACUCACCUCUGCACUCGGGACCCCGCCCUCGACGGAGAGAGUCGGACCCCACAGGCCCUCAGAGACAGGUGUUCUCUGUGGCGCCCCCGUUUGAGGUGAAUGGCCUUCCACGAGCUGUGCCUCUGGGCUUGCCCUACCAGGACUUCAAGAGAGACCUCUCUGACUACCGAGAACGGGCCCGACUCCUCAACAGGGUCCGGAGGGUGGGCUUCUCCCACGUACUGCUCACCACCCCGCAGGUCCCGCUGGCUCCCUUUCAGCCUCAGGCCAAUGGGAAGGAGGGAGACGAGGAGGAGGAGGAAGAGGAGGAGGAAGAAGAGGAAGAAGACGAAGAAGAGGAAGAAGAGGAGGAGGAAGAGGAGGAGGAGGAAGAUGAAGAGGAGGAGGAGGAGGAGGAGGCAGGGGCCCUUGGGGAGGUGCUGGGGCCUCGAAGUGGCUCUAGCAGCGAGGGGAGCGAGCGGAGCACCGAGCGGAGCCAGGAGGGCGCCCCGUCCACACUCCUGGCUGACGAUCAGAAGGAGGUCAGGGGCCGGGCCUCCGUGGCCGAUGGGGACCUGGAGCCUGAGGAGGGAUCCAAAACGCUGGUGCUCGUCUCCCCUGGCGACAUGAAGAAGUCGCCAGUCACUGCCGAACUGGCCCCUGACCCCGAUCUGGGCACCUUGGCGGCCCUCACCCCUCAGCAGGAGCAGCCCCAGCCUACUGGAAGCCAGCUGGAUGUAUCGGAGCCCGGCACCCUGUCCUCCAUCCUCAAGUCUGAAGCCAAGCCCUCAGGACCUGGAGCAGGGCUUGGGGUUGGGCUGGUGGCCACUGGUGGACUGGUGGCAGUCACCUCCUCCCCCUUCACCAAAGUCGAGAGGACCUUUGUUCACAUUGCAGAGAAAUCCCACCUCAAUGUCAUGUCUUCCGGAGGGCAGGCCUCCUCCAGGCCAGAGGAGGUCAGCACUGGGGGUGAGCUGGGCCUGGAGGCGCUCUCCGAGGCGGCGCUCUCUGAGGCGGGCGUCGCAGAGGAGGGGACCCGAGUGCCUCUGGAGAAUGGCAUGGCUUUGCCGGGGCUGGAUGGAACCGAAACGGAGAGUUGUGCCCUGUCUGGCCUUCCCGGGGAAACGCCCUCAGAAGUGGUCACAGACUCAUUGCCCAAUGGCCCAGCCCUUGCUGAUGGGCCAGCUCCAACAUCCCCACUGGAGCCAGUCACCAAGAAAGGGACCACCGUCUCCCCCAGCCGCCACGCUAUGCCAGGUUCUCGCCCCAGGAGCCGUAUUCCUGUCUUGUUGUCUGAAGAGGACACGGGCUCGGAGCCCUCGGGCUCGCAGUCGGCCAAAGAGCGGUGGAGCAGGCGGGCUAGGCCGCAGCAGGACCUGGCGCGGCUGGUGAUGGAGAAGAGGCAGGGUCGCCUGUUGCUGAGGCUGGCCUCAGGAGCCUCAUCCUCCUCUAGCGAAGAGCAGCGCCGUGCCUCCGAGACACUCUCUGCCACAGGCUCUGAGGAGGACACACCUGCCUCAGAGCCCACAGCAGCCUUGCCUAGGAAGGCUGGGCGGGCCGCGACCACCCGGAGCCGGAUUCCUCGCCCCAUCGGUGUGCCCACGCCUGCAGAAGGGCAGCAGCUUCCUGGUAGACCCCACGGUGCAGCCUCAGCGUCUGACGUGGCUAUCACCAGCAGCAGGCUCCAGCUGCAGAAGCCCUCAGGGUCGGCCACUGCUGCGGACCUCCGUCCCAAACACUCCUCGAGCCGGGGGCCUGGCCCAGGUCGCGCCCAAGUCUCCAGGCCUGCAGCGCCCCGCAGUCCCGGCCUCCCCGCCUCCACCGCGCGCCACCCCAGCGGGUCCCCGCGGAGCCAGUCCCUGUCCCGCAAAGAGAGCUCCUCCCCGUCGUCGCAUCAAGCCCGGCCCGGCGCCCCUCCCCCUCGGGGGGUCCUCCAGGCCAGAUCUCAGCCCGAGGCCUCUCCAGGGGCCCCCAAGAAAGGACCCAGGGGGAAACAACCGCAGACUCAGCGCGCAGCAACCAAAGGCCGGGCGGCAGUCUCGGAGGGCCGGCCCGGGACCAGAUAAUGACAUCCGCCCGCGGCUCUCUGCGGCGCCCCCUACCCUCACCCUGGUCCCCACCCGCAGCCGGCCACACUGGAGCAUCUUCCAGCACAGCCUUACGCGCCCGCGCGCCACCGCGGCCCCAGCUUCCCGCCUGCACCCACCAGGACGCACGUGAGCACAUGUUGCGCCCUGCAGCCCAGCCAGCCCACUGACCCCGGAGGGUGCGUGUCUUGGUUCCUCUCUCUGCGUCCUCCCUCCCUCCUACCGCCCCCUCUGCAGGGACAGGCUCACAGCAGAUCCUCUGCCCCGGAAGGCUCAGCCACUUAACCGCCCGCUUUUAGGGCCCGUCUCCUUCACCCACCAGGUCUUGGCUGAUCUCUACGCCCCCCACCCAAGAGGUUUACAUCUGCUUACACCUCCUGCGGCCCAUCUUGUCCUCACCCCCAUCUUCUUCAGCCUCCAACCCUACCCAACAGGAGAAACAGCCUCACAUUCCAGACGUGCACAGGCUCUGGCCUGCCCACAGUCUCCUAGGAGCCAUGGUGUUCAUGGAAGGCCACGCUGGGAUUGGGGAAGUGGGACCCAGGGGUCAUUGGUUUAUUUAGGCUUAAGGGGACACCUCUGGUCUGGCUAAAGUCAGCUCUAUGCGAAGCACAGGGCAUGUGAUUCUUGAGAGGGGGUUACUCCCCGUGCCGGGAACAGAAAUACCUUUCCUGAAUAGAAAUGAAUGGAGCCUCUAGAAGCUCAGAGCUGCCUCUCUGGGGCAGUGUCUCCCAGCGGGAAUCUGGAAUGGGGCUUUAAAAAGGUUACUCACUUCUCUGGUCCUCUGGUCUAGUGCUCAGGACCCCUUACCAUCAGGAAGUCCUUCCUGCUCUCUAACCUCAAUUCUGCAUCUUCAAGUUUCAGUCAACUCCCGUCUCUCAGAGUUCCAUGCAGGUGGAGGGACUGGUUAUCACCUUCUGUGUGCUGGCCAUUUGAGGAUUCAGGGACUCGGUUCUGGUCAUCCUGCCACCUCUGCUGUGGGCAGUGGGCUGGCUUAGGUAUCAUCCCCCUGAGUGGGCAGAGGAAGCAGGAUGAGGUGAAGUGGCUCCCUGAGACAGAAGGCCCUUCUCACUUUAGACUGUGUGUGAUGCUAGCUGGCGCCCACCCCGGCCCCACCCCAGUUCACCCUGGGCCCCUCUUGCUCUGAGCCCGCCCACACAGCUGAGAUGCUCUGUGCCUGCAUUUUGGCUUCUGCAUUAGCUCGCCCACCUCAUCAGGAGCCUCAGCUGCUAACAUCUGGGGCAAGCAGCACUCUGGCUGCAGAAGGGACAGGCGGCCCCUCCUCUCUGGGCCAGGGACCCCCUGCAGGCCUCCUAUCAAGCACUCCCAGCCUUCCAUCCCCUGUUCUGGCCCCCCUGUCCUUCCUUGAGCCAUAGAGAGCAAACCAAGACAUCGAGAUGACGAGGAAGAAAGGCAGGCAGGCAGGCCGCGGCGCACCAGCGGUCCGGCCCUGUCUGUACCCAGGAUGACUGACUGCAAGCAGCCUGGUGCCCGCUGAACUCCCCAGGGGGGCUCAGCAGGUCUGGCCAGUUGCUUCCACGCAAAGACAGCAGCUCUAAGACAGCCCGGGGUGGAUAGUCUUUGAGGUCGAUCCCACGCUUUGCAGAAGCUCCCAGAACACUCAGGAAACCUCUCUGGAUUCAGUUAUCCUUGUCACCCCGAGGCUCCCCUCUAAUUGCCCUCUGGUCUAGCAGAGGGGUAGAGGGCCCACUUCCUCCCACCCAGAGCUUUUAUGAAUGACAAUCAGCUCAUGCCAGGUGGGGACCAGGGCAUGACCCCUGGUGCCCAGGCCCUGGGCCUGCUCCUUGCCACCAACCGAACCAUGAAUGUAGGCGCCCCCCCUCAGUCUCAUUUCUGCUCUAGGACCGACAACACCUUGGUUUGGAGAUGGGAGGGAAGGGAGGCCUGAGAAAGCCCCAGGCUCACCCCGUUCCCAGCUUCACCCAGCACUUGAACUGGUACAGAUGUAAAACCCAGUCUACCCUUGGGACUCCAGACCGCCACAGGGCUCCAGCCAACCUCAGGCCUCUACGUCAAUAGUGUCAUCAGGCUAGGAGGAAGGAGGGACAGAGGACCAGCAGAGGUGAGUGGUGAGGGGACCAAGCGGCUCCUCUCCCCAGGAAGGAACCAGGGCAGAGGACACCACAUCUCCCCAUGCCCCCAACCCCCACUCCCAGCUGAAGCCCUUUCCGUGAGAAUCAUCCAUCCUUUGCGCAUGGCCCUUCAGGUUCCUACCCCUCCUCUGUGAGAGUAUCACACCACCACCACCAUCCCUCAUGUCCCAAUCCUUUCUGCUCAUGUCACUGGCUCAGAUGUGGGGUGUGUUCACCUUAAUACGCCCCCCCCCCCGUCGUACCGUGUGCAGAGGGGUGCAGGAGAAGGGCCCUGCCCCAGGCACAUGGCUCUCUGGCUUCCCAGCUCCUCCUGAGGGGCCCCGGCCUGCUCAGUCUCCUGAGCCCCUCGGGCAGGUGUUAGGGGACAGGGAAUUCCCUCCCCCUCCCUGGGAAGCAACAGAAGAAUGUUUACAUGCCAAACAGAAUGUAACAGCCCUUGGCCACCCCUCCCAGUCACUGCAUGGCCUCUGCCCACCCUGCGACCGACCGCCCACCCCCCUGACACCAACACCUUGGAAGAAGCUGUCACAACCAGAUGGGGUCUCCAAAGGGAAGUAGCCAUUACACCAUUAAAAAGCCUGUGGACCUUUCUGUUGGCCUGGACUCUUUUUCCCUGUAGGGAGGGCAGGGCAAAGCCCAGCCCCUGAGGGCGGGGGUGGGCAGGAGAGAAGAGACCGGAUGGUGACAAGUGAGCAGAGAUGUCAUCUGCACAGAGAAGGGAAAGGAAGCUCAGCUUGUCGGGUAUGGGUAAUCUGUUCAGGGUCUCCCAGAAGGAAAGGUGUCUAGCGAAGCCUGUCCUCAGCUCCCUGCUGGUCUCUGCGGAAGGCUGUGGACUCUCCAUUUGGCCUGGCACAGAGACAGGAGAAGAAGCAAAACUAUCAUCGCCCUAAAAGAAGCAGCUAGAAGUGACCGUCUGGAGAGGCAAAGGCGGAGCUGCUCACAGCCGAGCCACAGCAGAACCCGCCCUGACCUCCGCCUGUGACUCGGCACCGCCUGUGACUCGGCCUCCUCCGCACAGCUACAAGUUUAUCCUAUGGAUACAGUUGCGGGACGACACAAGUUCAAAGUCACCCCGUGCCGCUCUUCGAUCUUCCUGCAGCUCUGCAGAGCCUUGCCGACGAAUCUGGAACCCAGGAAGUUGUGCAAACAGUGAGAGUUUGCCUUGGAUGGUCCACAUUCGUUCCGUAUCCAAGCCCAACACAAGAGCCAGGCUUGGUGGCCUCAGGCCUGUAAUCCUGGUAGCCACAGGACCUAAAGCAGGGGGAGUUUUUGAAAGCUCAAGGCCAGCCUGGACUACACAGUAAGUUCGGGGCCAGCCUAGACUAAAUGUAAGACUGUCUCAAAAAAGAAAAAAAAAAAGCCAUGGCAAGCUAUUUAUAUUUAUUAAUUUCACUUGUACAUGUUUUCAGUGGAAUGACAAAAUUUUUGAGACAAGGUUUUGCCAGGUAGCCCAGGCUGGCCUCAAAUGUGCCAUCCUCCUGCUUCAACUUCCCAAGUGCUGGGAUCACAGGUGUGUACCACUAUGCUUAGUUAGGUGGUGAUAUUAACGUCUUUGAUAUGGAGACACCGCUCUUGACCCUAUUUAUAAUAUAUGGACUAUGCAUGGAAUUUCUUUUCUUCCUUUAAAAAAAAAAGUAUUUCAUCUAUCUUUCUUCUGUGAUGGCAAUGGUUUUGGUAAGAGAUUGUGGUCCAGGAAAAGAAACGGCUCAAGCGCGAUCUUACUGGCCGUUGUUUGGGGUGGUCAGCAAAGUAAGGUCCGUACGUAUGACAAGGACUCCGCUGUGGGGCACUGUGAGACUCAAAAUGAAGUGCUCGUGUUCUUAUGGACCAGUCUCCACAACAAGGAAAAAGCAAUGUGUGAGGCCACGAGGCUCUUGGAACAGCAAGGCAGUUGGAUGCUGAGUGUCUGUAGCCCUACAGGGGGUAGGCUGGGUGAAGGGAGGUUGCCAUGGGGUGAGACAGGAAGUACCCUUUGUAUUUUGAAUCCUAAAUUCACCAUAAGUGAGUCUUUUCACUUAGUGGACAAACAGUUUCUCCCCCAGGCCUGGCUCUGAGCCACACCUGGGAGGGAAGUGAGACCAUCCAGGCUUGAAAGCCUCCUCUCUACCUGGGGGUGCUGCGCUUGGAUAUGCUGAACCUCAGCACCCCGGGGACCCCUUUCCUCUAACCUGAAUGCCAGUGGGCUCCGGGGCCUUCGCAGGGUGUACUCUCUCUUUCCUUCUUGUUUAACAUGUCCAGAGCAGGACAUACUUGGAGUAAAUGCUAAAAGCAUAUCAGAUACAGACAACUCCUGUGAACGACCCUGACCAUCGAAAGAUCUGUGAACGGCUUGGUGUGUACCAUCACGGACCUUUUUUAUGUUUAUAAUAAUACCUAUCUCUCUCUGUCCAUAUAUAUUUCUUAUAAAUAAAAGAGG